CAUACACUCCGUCAUACUUGGGAUGCCCAACGCCACCUCUGCAUGAGUGUUGGAGAGGCUGGGAUCUGGCAUGCAUUGAUUGCUAAAGAUGUGAAAAUGGCGGAGUUACAAAUGCUUUUGGAAGAGGAGAUUCCAGCUGGACGUAGUGCUUUAUUAGAUAGUUUUACCAAUUUGGAAAGAGUUGCCGAGUAUUGCGAAAGCAACUAUGUUCAGUCACCAGAUAAGCACAGAGCGUUGGAAGAGACUAAGAACUACACCACCCAGUCCCUGGCCAGCGUAGCCUACCUGAUCAACACCUUGGCCAACAAUGUCCUGCAGAUGCUUGACAUUCAGGCCUCCCAGCUCCGCCGCAUGGAGUCCUCCAUCAACCACAUCUCACAGACAGUGGACAUCCACAAAGAGAAAGUGGCCAGGCGGGAGAUUGGCAUCCUGACCACCAAUAAGAACACCUCUCGCACACAUAAGAUCAUUGCUCCGGCCAAUCCGGAGAGGCCGGUGCGUUAUAUCCGCAAGCCAAUUGACUACAGCCUGCUAGAUGACAUGGGCCACGGAGUCAAGUGGUUGCUAAGGUUUAAGGCCAGUGCUCAGAACACGAAGGCCGGAGCCGCAGGUCUCCCUCGCACCAACCCACCCACACAGAAGCCGCCCAGCCCACCCAUGUCAGGGAAGGGAACCAUUGGGCGCCACUCCCCCUAUAGGACACUCGAGCCGGUGCGUCCUCCCGUUGUCCCUAACGACUACGUCUCGAGCCCGACGCGCCAUGGCAACAUGGCGCCCCCACAGCAGAGCCCUGCACGCACUGCGUCUGUUAAUCAGAGGAACCGCACGUACAGCAGUGGCAGCAGUGGAGGCAGCCACCCCAGCAGCAGCAGCCGCAGCAGCAGCAGAGAGAAUAGCGGCAGCGGCUCCGUGGGUUUGCCUAUCGCCGUGCCAACGCCUGCCCCGCCCCCCACAGCAUUCCCAGAUGGUGCAGGUACCGCCCCUGCCCUUCCCAACCCUGCUAAGCCACCUCCCACUACCACCACUACUCCCGUCCCACCUGAUGGCCUCCCUGUACUCUCUCUAGCUCCUAACCCCUCCCCCACCCCCCCUCCUGAGGGUCCAUCCGUGCCCCCUCCCCCACCCCAGCUCCCCACUUCCGUCACUAGCACCGGCCCUGCUGCUUUCAGCACUCCCGCACAAGGUGCCCCCCAGUUCUUUAGCAUGAACCGACCGGUGCAACCACAGAACCCUCCUGCGGUGGGGGGGUCUCUGCCGUACCGCCGGCCCGCGUCAUUGACGGGUCAGCCCAACAUGCCCCUGGCCCUGAACCAGCCCAACGGAGGACCCCACUUCAACCAGGUCCCAGCAGGUCCUCUUGUUGCCCCCCCUCCCCCCUCCAUGCAGAUCACUCCUCAGCUCCCUCUGAUGGGCUUUGUGGCUCGGGUACAGGAGACCAUCUCAGACGUGCCCCCUCCCCCGCCCCCUGUAGAAGAAGCGGUGUUUGAGGAACCCACCCCGCCCCCUCCACCUCCAGAGGACUAUGAGGAUGAUGAUGAGGAGGAGGAGGAAGAGUCGGCCGUGGUGGAGUACAAUGAUCCCUACGCAGAGGAGGACCCCCCGUGGGCCCCACGCACCUACAUGGAGAAAGUGGUGGCGAUCUACGACUACGCGGCGGACAAGGAGGACGAGCUGUCCUUCAACGAGGGCGCCAUCAUCUACGUCAUCAAGAAGAACGACGACGGCUGGUACGAAGGAACGAUGAGUGGCACCACCGGCCUCUUCCCCGGGAACUACGUCGAGUCCAUCAUGCACUACGCCGAAUGAGGAAGAGGAGAGGAAGGUCAAAGACUUUGUUAGGCAGAGCAUGAUCACAUUGUGGAAGAGACGAGGGUUCAUGAAGAGUACGCAACUAUCCUCAACCGGUCUACCAGAUGAAGUACACCGGCCACUUGUAGAUAUUCCCUGUGUUUUUGAAUGAUAUGAGACUGUAUGGUGGUGGGUUUUUAUGUACUAUUAUUAUAAGGAAGGCCACAAGGAUUAUUGUGAUUUAAAAAACUAUUUUUCUCAUUUCCUUUUGCCCUUACUUUAAAGUUGUAUUUAUUUGGACCAUGCAUUAUAUAGGGAGGGAUGGUACGGCGACCAGGGCUGCUGAUUAAGGAUAGUGAUAGAUGUCAGAUAAUCCUGAUGAAGUUCUCUAGAUGAGAAUGCUUUUUCCAAUAGUUUCUCUCCUGCCACUCACCGAGCCUUUCUAGACUCAGAUUUUCUUUUAUUUAAAACCAGAAGGAGCUCCUAUUGGUUAGUGGGAUGAGAUGGACUGUUGCGCUUGAACUUUAUACGAUGCCACUGACAAGACAAGCACAUACUGUAUGUCUACAUUUGACAAAAUAUAGACUAUAACAGCUAGAUAUUACAGUGGUGGGUAAGAAUGGGGAAAAGACUGAAACUGAUUUGUUUUCAACUCACCUGAACACCCAUUUUGAAACUCUUCAGUUUGGAUUCAGUAGUUAAUGAAUUGGUUCUGGCCCAAGGCUAGCUAUGGCAGCUUAGAGCAUGCUCAGUCACUACUUCACAGGCCAGUUCUAGUAUCAGGAUAGAUAGUGCAGUGUUUCUCAACCUUUUGGUCGGUUCUAGUUUUAAUUGAAGACGUUGGCUUCCAUGGCACAAAACAAGUUUGAGAAACACAGCCAUCUGGCCCAAAGUGGAAGGAUAACUCAAAUUGCAAAAUUAGUGAGUCUUAAGUCUUUGCCUUACCUUGUCAAGACAGGCAAAGUCAAUCUAUUCUGUCUUGGUAGAGGGACUGUCUGGGAGCCUCUUAGGUAGAUAAAUACUCUGGCCACUCAUUUGCAUCAAAGAUUUCAAUAUUUGAUGCUAAUUCGUUCUUAUUGUAGUGGGUCUUCACCAAAGCGUGGCAGACGGCAUGCUUUUAAAAAAAUUAUUCAUUAGUCUCCUUUCCUGCUAUAUUAUUCCUGUCUUAAUAUUUUAGAUAUGGUGUGGUUAUUGGUUUGGUUUGAAAUAUUCACCCAUUGUUGACAGGUAGGGUUUCAUGAUGCAUUUAUAGGAGGUGAUAAAGGAAGCUUGUGCCAUAUUGAAGUGUGUGUGUGUAGGUGUCACUUCCAUUUGCAAUAAAAAAAGGCAGUGGGAUGGGUUUGAGAAUGUAGAUCUUUGAGUUGUUUGGGAUUGAAAGCACAUUUGUAGUAAGAGUGAAUUGUUACUGAAAUUACAUUUAAAAUAAGCUGUAUUAUUGCCUCAGAGGACUAUUAUUAAAAUGAGCAUAAAAGCCAGCUGUUGAUUGUAGAAAUGAUCCAACAAACCGGCACAAACCUUUCAAUGACUCCAUCAUACUGAAACUGAUGCAUUGAGUGUUUAUAUUCUCUAUAGAGGUACAAGUAUUAUUUCCAAUGUGCUUGGCCGUGUCUGAGGGCUCUGUGCUUGUCUGUCAGUCAAAUCAUUUAUUUUUUAUUAAAAGUGGGUCUGUUCUUGA